AUGAGAGUCCUGCGUUUCUUGAUCGGUGUUCUUGGAAAUGCGGCGGGUCUGUUCCUCUUUUUGGCACCUGUGAUUACCUUCAAGAGGAUCAUAAGAAGCCGGUCAACUGAGCAGUUUUCGGGCAUCCCCUACGUGAUGGCCCUUCUUAAUUGCUUGGUCUUCACUUGGUAUGGCCUCCCAUUUGUGUCACGAAACAAUCUUCUCGUAUCAACCGUUAGCGGCAUUGGCGGUGUGAUUGAAUUCACAUACAUAGUGAUCUUCCUCAUAUAUGCACCGAAAAAGGAGAGGACGAAAAUCAUUGGACUCUUUUCUCUUAUUAUGACUGUGUUCCUAGUCAUCGCCUCCGUCUCCCUCCUUGCGUUGCAUGGAAACACCAGAAAAUUGUUCUGCGGCAUUGCUGCGGCCCUUUUCUCCACUACCAUGUAUGCUUCGCCUCUCUCAGUCAUGAGGAUGGUGAUCAAAACAAAAAGUGUGGAGUACAUGCCAUUUUUCUUGUCGCUGUUUGCAUUCCUAUCUGGUGUGUCGUGGCUCACCUUUGGCCUUCUUAGUGGCGACCCAUUCAUCAUCGUGCCUAACGGAUUCGGAACUGGACUUGGGAUUGCCCAGCUGAUCUUAUAUGCAAUCUACUGCAAGAGCAAGAGUCACACCGAGAAUACCAUUAAGGAUGACUUCACCGAGAUGGAUCUUGGAAAGAUUGAUCAAGCGAAGAAGCCAGAUUCGAGCCAUCUUUGA